GCCUGCAGAGAGGGGACCCACCGGGCAGGAUGCACUGGCUCCCAGCAGGCCACGACAUCAAUGGUGCCCUGGAGCCCUCCAACAUAGACACCAGCAUCCUGGAGGAGUACAUCAGCAAGGAGGAUGCCUCCGACCUCUGCUUCCCUGACAUCUCUGCUCCAGCCAGCUCGGCCUCCUACUCUCACGGGCAGCCUGCGAUGCCUGGCUCCAGCGGGGUUCACCACCUGAGCCCCCCUGGGGGUGGACCCUCCCCGGGAUGCCAUGGUCCCCUCCCACCCCCGAGCUACGGCCCCCCGCUGAACUGCAACAACAACAACGGCAUGGGCGCUGCCCCCAAGCCCUUCCCGGGGGGCGCCGGGCCCCCCAUCAAGGCCGAGCCCAAGGCUCCCUAUGCCCCAGGCACACUGCCGGACUCUCCCCCAGACUCGGGCUCCGAGGCCUACUCCCCCCAGCAGGUGAAUGAACCCCAUCUCCUGCGCACGAUAACCCCUGAGACGUUGUGCCACGUGGGAGUGCCCUCCCGCCUGGAGCAUCCGCCCCCACCUCCAGCCCACUUGCCAGGCCCCCCGCCACCCCCACCACCUCCACCUCAUUACCCUGUCCUGCAGCGGGACCUGUACAUGAAGGCCGAGCCCCCGGUCCCCCCCUACGCUGCCAUGGGGCAGGGGCUGGUGCCCACUGAUCUCCACCACACCCAGCAGUCCCAGAUGCUGCACCAGCUCCUGCAGCAGCACGGAGCUGAGCUCCCCACACACCCCUCCAAGAAGAGGAAGCACUCCGAAUCCCCCCCCAGCACCCUCAAUGCCCAGAUGCUGAAUGGAAUGAUCAAACAGGAGCCCGGGACGGUGACAGCCCUGCCUCUGCACCCCACUCGAGCCCCAUCCCCACCCUGGCCUCCCCAGGGUCCGCUCUCCCCAGGCCCUGGUUCUUUGCCUCUCAGCAUUGCCCGUGUCCAGACACCACCUUGGCACCCGCCAGGUGCCCCCUCCCCAGGCCUCCUGCAGGACAGUGACAGCCUCAGUGGCUCCUACCUGGACCCCAACUACCAGUCCAUCAAGUGGCAGCCCCAUCAGCAGAACAAGUGGGCGACCCUGUACGACGCUAACUACAAGGAGCUGCCCAUGCUCACCUACCGUGUGGACGCGGACAAGGGCUUCAACUUUUCGGUGGGCGAUGAUGCCUUUGUGUGCCAGAAGAAGAACCACUUCCAGGUGACGGUGUACAUCGGCAUGCUGGGCGAGCCCAAGUUCGUCAAGACGCCUGAGGGCCUCAAGCCCCUCGACUGCUUCUAUCUGAAGCUGCAUGGAGUGAAGCUGGAGGCCCUGAACCAGUCCAUUAACAUCGAGCAGUCCCAGUCAGACCGGAGCAAGCGGCCCUUCAACCCGGUCACGGUCAAUCUGCCCCCUGAGCAGGUCACGAAGGUGACUGUGGGGCGGCUGCACUUCAGCGAGACCACCGCUAACAACAUGCGUAAGAAGGGCAAGCCCAACCCUGACCAGAGGUACUUCAUGCUGGUCGUGGCCCUCCAGGCCCACGCACAGAACCAGAACUACACGCUGGCUGCCCAGAUCUCAGAGCGCAUCAUCGUGCGGGCCUCCAACCCAGGCCAGUUCGAGAGCGACAGCGAUGUGUUGUGGCAGCGGGCACAGGUGCCCGACACCGUCUUCCACCACGGCCGCGUGGGCAUCAACACAGACCGGCCGGACGAGGCGCUGGUUGUGCACGGGAAUGUCAAGGUCAUGGGCUCACUUAUGCACCCCUCCGACCUGCGCGCCAAGGAACACGUGCAGGAGGUGGACACCACUGAGCAAUUGAAGAGGAUCUCGCGCAUGCGGCUGGUGCACUACAGAUACAAGCCCGAGUUCGCCGCCAGCGCGGGCAUCGAGGCCACUGCGCCAGAGACAGGUGUCAUCGCUCAGGAGGUGAAGGAGAUCUUGCCUGAGGCUGUGAAAGACACCGGAGACAUGGUCUUUGCCAAUGGGAAAACCAUAGAGAACUUCCUGGUGGUGAACAAGGAGCGCAUCUUCAUGGAGAACGUGGGGGCUGUGAAGGAGUUGUGCAAGCUGACGGACAACCUGGAGACGCGCAUUGAUGAGCUGGAGCGCUGGAGCCACAAGCUGGCCAAGCUGCGGCGGCUCGACAGCCUCAAAUCCACCGGCAGCUCGGGCGCCUUCAGUCAUGCAGGGAGCCAGUUCAGCCGGGCAGGCAGUGUCCCCCACAAGAAGAGGCCCCCCAAGGUGGCCAGCAAGUCAUCGUCCGUGGUUCCGGACCAGGCCUGCAUCAGCCAGCGCUUCCUGCAGGGAACCAUCAUUGCCCUGGUGGUGGUCAUGGCCUUCAGCGUGGUGUCCAUGUCCACACUGUACGUGCUGAGCCUGCGCACAGAGGAGGACCUGGUAGACACUGACGGCAGGUCCAGCCAGAGCUUUGGGACCACGCAGCUCCGACAGUCCCCCAUAACCACUGGGCUACCAGGCAUACAGCCCACUUUGCUGCUGGUGACCACCGGCCUCACCAGCUCGGCCCCAGGUUCUGCCGUCCGCACCCUGGACCUAUGUUCCAGCCACCCCUGCCCUGUCGUCUGCUGUUCCUCACCCACCACCAACCCUACCACUGGUCCUAGUCUUGGCCCCAGCUUUAACCCUGGCCAUGUUCUCAGCCCAAGUCCCAGCCCCAGCACCAACCGUUCAGGCCCCAGCCAGAUGGCCCUUCUGCCAGUCACCAACAUCAGAGCCAAGUCCUGGGGUCUUUCAGUCAAUGGCAUUGGCCACUCCAAGCAUCACAAGAGCCUGGAGCCUCUGGCCAGCCCUGCAGUCCCCUUCCCUGGGGGGCUGGGCAAAGCCAAGAACAGUCCCAGCCUUGGUUUCCAUGGCCGGGCCCGCCGAGGGGCCCCCCAGUCCAGCGUGGGCCCUGCUCAGCCCACCUGGGCCCAGGGCCAGUCAGAGCCAGUGCCCUCCCUGACCUCCAUCCAGGUGCUGGAGAAUUCGAUGCCCAUCACCUCCCAGUACUGUGCUCCAGGGGAUGCCUGCAGGCCUGGGAACUUCACCUACCACAUCCCUGUCAGCAACGGCACCCCACUGCACCUCAGCCUGACUCUGCAGAUGAAUUCCUCCUCCCCCGUGUCUGUGAUGCUGUGCAGCCUGAGGUCAAAGGAGGAGCCGUGUGAGGAAGGGAGCCUUCCACAGAGUCUCCACACCCACCAGGACACCCAGGGCACCUCUCACCAGUGGCCAAUAACCAUCCUGUCCUUCCGCGAAUUCACCUACCACUUCCGGGUGGCACUGCUGGGUCAGGCCAACUGCAGUUCGGAGGCUCUCGUCCAGCCAGCCACAGACUACUACUUCCACUUCUACCGCCUGUGUAACUGAGCUGCCCUCCUGAGGCAGCACCGCACCAGGGACUGGGGUGCCCAGGCACCCCCCAAUACUGGAUGCAAUGGUGUUACACUGGAGCCUGCUGUAGGCCAGCUCUGCUGUUCACUGGCCCUACCCAAGACUGGUGAAACUGGAAGUCUUCACACUGGAGUUACUGUUCCAGCUGGUCGCCCCUCACAGCACAGAGGGAAGCUGAGAGCCGGAGACUUCCUGGGCCUUCCUGCCUGCCACCCCCUAGGGGCCAGGACAGGACCAGUUUACCUCUUUCCAGAUAUGGUGGUUGGAGGGCUGGUUCAGGUACCCUGGAGGGAAGGGGAAGCCUGUGGCCCUGAUUUGUUCAGAGCCCACUCUCCCCUGCCUCCCCUUUUGAGACUGGAGCCAACCCUCUUGGAGAGAGGACCUGCCCACCUUUGAGAUCAGCAGGGGACUUGGAUCCAGCCCUAAGAGACUUGGGUGGACUCCCAUGAGUCAAUGGAGGGCAGACGGCUCUCCCCCUUAAAGCUGUUCCCUGGGGGAUGGCUUGGUAGUGGACUUUCUGGGGUUUGCCUGUUACGCCAGACUCGGAUUUCUAAGCUUUAAGUGUGGCCCAGGAGGUUUCUUCUCCCUGGGAGAGCUUGGCUCCCAAGAAGUCCCAGGGCAGCCAAGGCCAGCCCUGGAUGGGUUGGAGAAACUGACUUUGUGCCUUAAGUCUACUCAGUGCCUGAUGAAGCCACCCUCAGCCCUUCACAGGCCUGAACCAGUAGGGGCCAGUGGGCCAGGUAAGCCCUAGAGCCUUGAACCAGGAAUAUCCGGGAAGAGGAAAUUUCCUUUUGAGCGCCCAGAUGGUGUUGCAGCUUCAUUGCCUGCGUUCCUGGGAGCGUCCAGAGCUCACGGUGAUCAGUGACCACAUCAUUCUCUCUGAGCAGAGGAGCAGGAAUCCCUCAAGCAGCAGCCUGGUCUUGGCUGGUGGGCAGAUGCAAAUAGCUUUUGCUGUUAUUAAUGAAGUAAUUACUAAAUGCACUUAAACCAGGGCAGGAAGGAGUGGAAGGAUGGAGCUAGAAAGCUCCGAGUGGGCCAGAGCAGGGGUGUGACACUUGCAAAGACAGGGCUCUGACUCUGAUCCCUCCCAGGGAGCCUCAGACACCCAUCCCACUCCCAACCACCAAGACCCUGGGUUAGGGAAGAAGUUGUAUCUUAAGUGCCAACUUCAAGUUUCUUAGUGGUGCCUGGUACAUUCUGAGGCUACAUCCAGGCUCAUGGAAGGAGUGUGGUAUUCAUUUAGCCAUGUCUGCCAUGGGUCCAGAAAUGGGAAAGGGAAUUGCUGUCCUUGCCCCGUGGUAUGCUGCCACCUCUUUGGGAAACAGGCCUUGCCCCUGUCCCACCACUCCUUCUCAGCUUUGAAUGGGAGGCCUUUCUAUAGUGGAGCCGAGUCCUUGAAGCCUAUGAACUGCAGGCCCCCUUUUGCCACUAUCUCAAAGCACUUGUCCUCAGGAUAGGGAACAGCAGGGGGAUGCAGGAAUAGCAGGGAUAGCUUCCUCCCAGCCCCUCCCCAAUUUGGUUCCGCUGACAUAGGAAUUUUAUGAUUCCCAUACCAUGCAGGGGCUGAGCCUUCUUUAGGAUGACUUUGUUCUCCCUCCCACUGGGGGAGUCCUCCCUAUGCCUUAAAACUGCCGAGCCCCACUCCAUGUAAUAGGAUUCCUGGGCUUCCUCAACGGGACUGCGGCCCCUCAGUCCUUAACUGGAAAGUGACCGUCCACUGCCCCCUGGAGCCCAUCUGGACACAGCACAGUCCCAAACCUGUUAGCAGCUGGCUCUGUUUCCAUGGCUGGGGAGGGGUUCCUCAGUGCAGGAGUUGGGGCCAGGCUGGGGCUCCGAGCUGCUUGAGGGGGUCAACCUUGGACCAAAGUUGCCUUAAGCCUGUGGUAAAAGGGCUUCAGGGAAGGUCAGUGGGCCACCUGCUAGAAGCUGCCAGCUGCCCAGCUGGCAAUGGUGUGUCUUGGCCCCAUCCCUGCCCUGGGGUCCAGCAGGUCAUCCCUCCCUUCUCCUCUCUCCUUUGGUGUUUGUUCCUGUAGCCACUGGGCUAAUCUCCCCCUAGCUUCAAGCUGUACAUAGGGCCUCCCACUGCAAAUCCUCCUGCCCAUUCUGUGCCCCCUUAGAAGCCUGCGUGUGCAUAGAGCGCCCCCUACCUUCCAGUUAACUCCCAGUUCUCCCUGAGCUUGGUAUUUAUCGUGUGCCAACUCUGACUCUGAGGUGGGCAGUGAGGGAAGCAGCCCCCGGCCUGCUUGCUUCCUGUCCCCGAAAUGUUCUUUUCUUCUGAAGUAAAUAUACAUAUAUAAAUAAAUGUAUAAAUACUGCUUUGUAUCUGA